ACUACUCAAUGGAAUCAAGUUCAUCAUCAAUUAGUCAAGUACCAGCCAAUGAAAGAUCCGUAAAUUGUAGCAUUGCUCCUUUAAUGACAUCCGAGCCUAAUAGACCAUUCUUCAUAGCUGUCUGCACUGAUAUCAUUUGCGAAAUAGAUCCCCUUUUUGUUGCUGAACACUACGACGAACUAAUAGACAUCUGGAGCUUGCAAGAUGGUUAUGGAAAUAGUCAUCAAGUUCAAUUUAACAAAUUGAUGCUUAUGCCAAUGCUUACGGAAGGUUGGCACCAAUUCAGAUUUUUUUAUCAUAUAACUUCAAAUCCACUUAUGUCUUUCACAUAUUUGGGUAAUAGUACAUUCCAAAUCAAAAUCUUCAAUGGUUCUACACCAAAAAAUGAAUAUCCACGAUAUCAUAGACAUACUACUUCCUGUCUUAAAGAUCUCACAUUUGAUGUAGACAUGCCAGACAAAGAUCCAAUUAGUUCAAAAUUGAUUCUACCAACAAACCUUGGAAAUUUCCUUCAACUUAUAAAUCAUGAGUACUUAAGACUGUGUGGCACCUCUAACACUAUCACUGUUUGCAAACUGAUAUUCAAAAAAGAAACGAUAAAUCAAGGACCAACUGUCAUAAUUGGACGUGGAUGGAAAGCCUUCUGCUUAACCAAUCGAAUUUAUCCAGAAAGCCUUCUGGAAUUUAAAUGUGACUCAAUCAUGGCCAAAAACAUCGUUUCCGUUAUGAAAGUAUCUAGACGUUAUUAACUUAUAAUCUAUCAUAGAUUAUUAUUGUAGUAUUGUUUUUACCUAAUUAUCUUAAUGCAUGCUUUACUAUUGUUCAUCAAUCAAUUAUUUAUAUCAAUAUUUUUUUAUUAGAACCUCUGCAAUAUGCAAUAACAUAAGUUGGUAAAAAUCUGGCCUUUUAUUCCAAAUUCUAGGCCCAUUUAACAACUAUUAUUAUUAAAUGGUUUGAAAAUCCAAAUCCAAACACUAGCUAACAAAUGGGUGUAGAAUCUCAAUAAAAACUCACCUUUAUAUGCUGCAUAUAGUCAAGAUUCCUGAUAUAGAUUAGAUUGAUGCACCAUUCCAUUAUUCAUACACGUUAUCCUACUGCAUGAAGGAUAUUUAUCCCAAUUUUAUAUUCUUCAUUCUUUAUACUUUUUAAUAUUUUGGUGCUACAAAUACACAUUGAUAGACACUUCAACUAUGUGACCAAUAACAACAUCAAUUUUAAGCUUUCAUAAAAUCAUCAACAUAAUGGCAAACUUCAUCACAAUGUAUCACAAUCCUCCCAUUGAUCAUUUUCGUGCCGUAAAGUUAUCAACUCAGGACCAUGUCGAAGUUCAACCUGAAUUUGUAGAAAAAUACAAAGAUGAUCUCCAAGACCCAUGGAAUAUUAUGAAUAUGGAUGGUGGAAUGCACCAAAUCAAAUUCAAAAUGAGCUUGUAUAACCCUACUUUGAAGGAUGGAUGGGAACCACUCCAACAAUAUCAUCAUUUUCCAAACAAUGUUGACAUUAUUUUUGGAUACUACGGAAAUAAUCUUUUUAAAGUUAUAAUGUUCAGGGAAGUAUUUUGCGCUACUAAAAUACCUUCUUUUCAUAGUCGUAGCAUGUAUCCAGAGGAAGUCAUUAUAUUUGAUAUACACAUUUCUGAUAAUGAUUUAAACACUCCAAUCAAGAUGUUGCCCAAUCAUUUUGGGACCUUUCUUCAGAACGACUUUCGCAGUCUUCUAACUUUGUGUUGUGAUGAUGGAACAUUUUACUUUGUAGACAUUAUUCACUACGGUGAUUACGUCGACGACCCUAAUAGUGGAAUUCAAUGGAAUGAUUUCAUACUUAGCAAUUACAUUGUUGCAGGACAGAAACUUCGAUUUAAAUUCGAUAUUAAUACUACCUAUAUGUGUCAUGUAUUUCCUAUUGAUGUUUAGUUUUAGCAGAAUGUAACAUAACUCAUUGACUCCUAUGUUCAAAUUAUUCUAUGUAUCCUAUAAUUACCAUGUUUUCAUACCCGAAGCCUCUACCCAAUGAAUACCAGUGUCUCUUUCGCUACGCUUUCAAAUUGAUUUUUUAUUACCACUUCUAAUAAAUAAUAAUUUCCCCUUUACGUAA